AGGGCGUGAAUAUCAGAUGCUAGGGGGACAGCCACUGUGUUAUCUGCUGCCCUCAUCCUGGUCACUGCUCCUGCUAUAAUAGCCCUAGGCCAGGAAUAUGAACAAGCUGCUGCUUUGGGUCUCUGUCCUCACCAGCCUCCUGGAAGCCUUUGCUCACACAGACCUCAGUGGGAAGGUGUUUGUAUUUCCUAGAGAAUCUGUUACUGAUCAUGUAAACUUGAUCACACAGCUGGAGAAGCCUCUGCAGAACUUUACCUUGUGUUUUCGAGCCUACACUGAUCUCUCCCGUGCCUACAGCCUCUUCUCCUACAAUACCCAGGGAAAGGAUAAUGAGCUAGUAGUUUAUAAAGAAAGAGUUGGAGAUUAUAGUCUCUACAUUGGAAGACAAAGAGUUACAUUCAAAGUUAUUGAAAAGUUCCCGGCUCCAGUGCACAUCUGUGUUAGCUGGGAGUCCUCAUCAGGUAUUGCUGAAUUUUGGAUCAAUGGGACACCUUUGGUGAAAAAGGGUCUGCGACAGGGUUACUCUGUGGAAGCUCAUCCCAAGAUUGUCCUGGGGCAGGAGCAGGAUUCCUAUGGCGGCAAGUUUGAUAAGAGCCAGUCCUUUGUGGGAGAGAUUGGGGAUUUGUACAUGUGGAACUCUGUACUGCCCCCAGAAGAGAUCCUGUCUGCCUAUCAGGGUACCCCAGUCCCUGCCAAUAUCCUGGACUGGCGGGCUCUGAACUAUGAAAUCAAAGGAUAUGUCAUCAUCAAACCCCUGGUGUGGGUCUGAGGUCUUGACUCAACAAGAUCACUUGAAAAUGAAAUGACCGUCUAAGAGAUCUGCUCAAAGCAACUGGAUACUAGAUCUUAUACCUGCAGCUCUUUCUUCUUUGAAUUCCCUAUCUGUAUGUCUGCCGAAUUAAAAACUGUAUAUUGUAUUAUGCUACCUGCA